AUGCGAGAAAGUAAAGGACCGUCGACAGCUAAGUCGAAUAAUGGAAAUACUACUAGUUAUGGAUCGGGUCAAAAUACAAGUGGUAUUGAUUUACGCGAUAUGGAAAAUUCAUUUGGUGAUAUUGGAUUAAGUAUAACAUCAAAACCUUUGGCUAAAGUUCAGAAAUUAUCUGUUCAAACUCUCUUAAAUGGUUCAUUUCCUCGAGUAUCUGAUAAACAACACAUAACAAGUGGAAAUCGUAGUGGAAAAUCGUUUAAUAACUCAAAUAUUGAAUCAUCAUUACCAUAUCUAAAUGAUUCACUUGUAUCAGGUGGAACAUCAGCUCGUUUACAUCAAACAAUAGUUCAUCAUUCUCAUGCUCAUAAUAAUAGUCAUGGUGCAGCUGCUCUUACAGCAAGAACUAUACGUCGAGAAAAAACUCGUGAAGGAAGUUUAAAAUCAUCUUCAAAAGAAACAGAUAUAACAAAUAAUCAUAGUUUAUAUCAUCAUAAUUCAAGUGCUUCUUCAAUUAUUUCAAAUUCUUAUCAAAUUUCAAGAUCAAGAAGUUUUUUUACUAAUAAUUCAACGGAUAAUAUUAAUAAAACAGCUAAUUUUCCAAUGAAACCAUCAGAAGCCGUAUCAUAUUAUGGUGAUAAAUUGACUGAUUUUGAAAAAACGGAAAUAUUUGAUUAUAAUGAAAUUUAUUUUCUUGGCUUAGAAGCUGAAAAAAUUUCAGCAACUAACAUUAAAGAUUAUGAUGAUGAAAAUGGUUCUUAUAUUAAAAUGAGUAAAGAUCAUAUUUAUUAUCGAUUUGAAAUAUUAGAAACAUUGGGCAAAGGUUCAUUUGGUCUUGUUCUUCGAUGUUAUGAUCAUAAGAAAAAAGAAGCUGUUGCUUUAAAAAUAAUUCGAAAUAAAAAACGUUUUCAACAACAAGGUCUUGUUGAAGUUAAUAUAUUAAAACAUUUAAAAACAUUAGAUACGGAUAAUUCAUUAAAUAUUGUUCAUAUAAAAGAACAUUUUUAUUUUCGAUCUCAUCUUUGUAUUACAUUUGAAUUACUUGGAAUUAAUUUAUAUGAAUUAAUUAAAAAAAAUAAUUAUCAAGGUUUUAGUGUACAUUUAGUCAGACGUUUUGCUAAUUCUCUUUUACAAUGUCUUCGUGUUAUGUACAGAGAAAAAAUAAUUCAUUGUGAUCUUAAACCAGAAAAUAUAUUAUUAAGACAAAAAGGCAGUAGUAGUAUUAAAGUUAUUGAUUUUGGAUCUGGGUGUUUUCAAUCACAAAGAAUUUAUACAUAUAUUCAAUCUCGAUUUUAUCGAGCACCUGAAAUAAUCUUAGGUAUACCUUAUACACCAGCUAUUGAUAUGUGGAGUUUUGGUUGUAUUCUUGUCGAAUUAUUUACUGGUUAUCCAAUAUUUCCUGGUGAAAAUGAACAAGAACAAUUAUCAAUGAUAAUGGAAGUUAUUGAUGUACCACCGAAUCAUGUUCUUGAACAAGGAUCAAGAAAAAAACUUUUUUUUGAUUCAAAAGGAGUACCUCGAAGUCUAUCAACAAAAACAUUAAAAAAACGUCGUCCAGCUAGUCGUCCAUUAGGACAAAUUCUUCGAACAACUGAUCAAAAUUUUAUUGAUUUUAUUCGUCGAUGUUUUGAAUGGGAUCCUGUUGAACGUUUAACACCAGAAGAAGGUUUACGUCAUGCAUGGAUAAUUGAAACUAAAUUAAAACAACGAACAUCAAGAGAAUCAAAAAAUAGAUAUAGAACAAAAAAAGAUGAAAAUAUUUCAACUGUCAAUGCUGAUUCUUAUUUUAGUUUAAAUGAAACAACAGGAAAUGAAGAAACGUUUGCAAAUGAACAAGAUAAACAAACAGGAAUAAAUAUUCUUCCAAUAUCAAUAUUACCUAGAAUUUCAAAUCAAUAA